AUGGUUAACACAUCGAAAGUGUGGACUAGGUUUGAGUCAAAACAAAAGGACGGUGUUACAGUUAAACUGCGUACUCAAGAUCUUCCUAUGGAACGCAUGGAGGACGCCUUCGAUUUUAUGGAAUUAUAUUUUAUGAAGGCCGAGGCUUUUCAUGUUGCUGCGGGUUUUCAUAGAAAUAAUGAUGCAAGAAAAGAAAAGAUAGAAAUAUUGAAGACAGUUUAUCGAGUAAAACAACCUCGAAUUAUAAUCUGUUGUUUGGAUGACAAUAAUCCCAAACCAGCCAUUAUUGGUUUAUCGUCCAUGCAAUUAUCAACAAAUUCUGAAAAAGUAAAGGAUUUCGUAGGUCAGUUUCAAAUUAAAACAAAGGAAUUGCGAGCACUAUUUGACCUUAUAAUAUUAUUAGAUGAAUUGGUUGGCGCAAAAGAUUUUGAAAAGUACUAUUCCGGGAGAGGCAUUUCAGUACAUCUCGAGUACAGAGGUCUGGGCAUCGCAAAUGAAUUAGUGAAAGUUAGAAAACUAGUGUGUAUCGAAGAUGAUGUUCCUAUGACGUCUGCCUGGAUGACUGCAGUUGGAACCCAAAAGGCGGCUGAGAAGAAUAAUUGGAAGACUUUAUUUGAAAUAAGUCCGGACGAACUCGGAAGAAAAAGCGGUCUUGAUUUUGGAAAUAAAAUUCCAACAUUUAAAUUAAUGUAUACAACGAAAGAU